AUGGAUGUCAAACAACAAUCUGUGAUUCAAGUGCCACAAAAGCUUUCUACUAAAAAAUGUGAUUCCUCCUCAAAUGCCCUUCCUCUACCUCUAUACCUUGCUAACGCAGUUUUCUUCACCCUUUUUUUCUCCACCGUCUACUAUCUACUCCUCCGAUGGCGUGAAAAGAUCCGAAACUCAGCCCCUCCACAAGUCCUCACCCUCUCAGAAAUUGGUGCUGUCGUUGCCUUUGUUGUCUCCUUCGUCUAUCUCUUGGGCUUCUUUGGCAUCAGCUUUGUCCAGUCCUUGAUCAUUCCCCGUGUUUCCAACGACAUUUUGAAUGAACUGGAGGAAAUUGACCAGUUGAUGCACAAGGAGGAUUCCCGUGCCGCUCCCUGUGCUGCUGCCACAUCGCUAUCUGAUUGCCAAGUUGCUUCUCCCAAGUCUAAAUCCAAACUACACAAGAUUGAUGCUGCUGAUCAAUUGCCCCUAUCGUCGGAGGUGGACGAGGAGAUCAUCGAGUGCGUGGUGGAGGGCAAGACCCCUUCUUAUUCUCUCGAGUCCAAGCUUGGUAAUACCCUCCGUGCCGCAGCAAUUCGGCGUGAGGCAUUGCAGAGGAUCAGUGGAAAGUCCCUUGCUGGGCUGCCCUUGGAGGGCUUUGAUUACGACACCAUACUAGGACAGUGCUGUGAGAUGCCAGUGGGUUACGUUCAGAUUCCAGUAGGCAUCGCCGGGCCUUUGUUGCUUGAUGGCAGGGAAUUCUCGGUUCCCAUGGCCACCACGGAGGGCUGCCUGGUUGCCAGCACCAACAGGGGAUGCAAGGCCAUCUAUGUAUCUGGCGGGGCCUCUAGUGUGGUCUUAAGGGAUGCGAUGACCAGGGCUCCCGUGGUCAGGUUCGGCACUGCUAAGCACGCUGCUGAGUUGAAGUUCUUCCUCGAGGACUCUCUCAAUUUCGAGGCCUUGUCACUUGUUUUCAAUAGUUCCAGCAGAUUUGCCAGGCUUCAGAGCAUCAAGUGUGCGAUUGCUGGCAAGAAUCUCUACAUCAGGUUCUCCUGCAGUACAGGGGAUGCAAUGGGCAUGAACAUGGUCUCUAAGGGUGUGCAGAAUGUGAUGGACUUCCUUCACAAGGAAUUUCCGGACAUGGAUGUUAUUGGCAUCUCUGGAAACUACUGUUCAGACAAGAAACCGGCUGCUGUGAAUUGGAUUGAAGGUCGGGGUAAAUCAGUUGUUUGUGAGGCUAUCAUCAAGGAAGAUGUGGUGAAGAAGGUCCUCAAGACUGAUGUUGAGUCCUUGGUGGAGCUCAACAUGCUCAAGAACCUUACUGGUUCUGCUAUUGCUGGAGCUUUGGGUGGCUUCAACGCCCAUGCCAGCAAUAUUGUCUCUGCUAUAUUUAUUGCCACUGGCCAAGAUCCCGCACAAAAUGUUGAGAGUUCUCACUGCAUCACCAUGAUGGAAGCUGUCAAUGAUGGAAAGGACCUUCACAUCUCUGUCACAAUGCCUUCUAUUGAGGUCGGUACAGUUGGAGGUGGGACACAACUGACCUCUCAAUCAGCUUGCCUGAACUUGCUUGGAGUAAAGGGAGCCAGUAAAGAGGCUCCAGGAUCAAACUCAAGGCAGUUAGCUACCAUUGUAGCUGGGGCCGUUCUUGCUGGAGAGCUCUCUCUCAUGUCAGCACUUGCUGCUGGCCAACUCGUCAAGAGCCAUAUGAAGUACAACAGGUCCAAUAAGGAUGCGUCUAAGACUUCAUCUUGAGGUUCCUAUCCCUGAAUAAGUUAUGGCUGAUGAACGGGGCAGACUGCACAUAUAUUGUUAUCAAAACAGUGAAAGUUCUAACGCACAUUUUCGUUCUUGCUAAAUUCAUGUGUUGGGUAAAACUAAAAUUGCAAGAGAUUGGAUUAGAGUCUUCCUUUGUUUAUUGUACUAUUCUUUUGUACACUUCAUAGAUUUACAUUUGUGAAGGAUGUAUUGACCACCAAGGUA